CGAAGAAGAGCUUUUAUAUUUAGCUUUCAUUGAAGACGUAACAAAUGAAAUUCUUAGCCUUGGGCUAUUUUCUAACAGAGUUCUGGAACAACUGUUUGAGUGUCAUGUACAAGAAAAUAAGAACCGCCUGGAUGAGAGCAAAAUGCGCCACUUGUUGGAUGUACUGAAAGCAGACCUCGGCUGCAGUGCAGAGCAAAUCCAUGCAGGCUCGGAAGCCUUUGAUUCACUGGAUCUGCAAGAGUUUGAUACAAUGGAAGAGCUGGAGUUUACCAGUAAAGGUCAGAGGCAAAGAAAGGCUACAAAAAGUGAAGAAGUCUUUGGGACCAUGGACUUACCAUUAAAGGAACCAAACAAAUGUGAAUCACCAGUAUGUCAGGAAAGUUCAAAGGAGACGCAGAGCAAGGAUGACUUUUCAGAAGAUGUUGCUGAAAUGAUGGAUGCUGGAACAGAGUCUGAUUCUUGUGUGAAAUGUGAAGACCCAGACACUUCACCCUCAUGUGAGGCAACUUUAAACUUGAUUACUUGUGACAGUGAGUUGGAAGCCAACAAGAAACUUGAUGAUCUUGAGGAAAGCUUUGCAGAGGCCCUUCAGAUCUCACAUGACUAUUCAUAA